CAAACCGAACGUCAAAAUGUUGAUUCAUGUCAAUUUGUCAAAUUCAUUUGCUUUGCUUUUUGAUUAGUGAACCGUCUUUAUUAAGUUUGUGAUUGUUUGUUUUAUAAAAGAGUUAUGAUGGCUGAGGACACAACAGCCGACGCGACAAGACGCUUAAAUGUUAAGAAACAAACUCUAGACGACGCGUACGCGGCCCCGGCGAACUUCCUGGAGAUCGACGUGGUGAACCCCGUAACGAUGGGAGUCGGGAAGAAGCGCUACACCGAUUACGAAGUUCGCAUGAGGACCAAUUUGCCAGUGUUCAAAGUGAAAGAGUCCAGUGUAAGACGGCGGUACAGUGACUUUGAAUGGCUCAGAAACGAAUUGGAGAGAGAUAGUAAGAUAGUAGUACCUCCCUUGCCCGGUAAAGCCUUAAAGAGACAACUACCAUUUAGAGGCGAUGAUGGCAUUUUUGAAGAAGAAUUCAUUGAAGACCGUAGAAAAGGACUGGAAGUGUUCAUAAACAAGAUCGCGGGUCACCCGCUGGCGCAGAACGAGCGCUGUCUGCACAUGUUCCUGCAGGACCCCACCAUCGACCGCAGCUACGUGCCCGGCAAGAUACGCAACACUUAACCCCCUCACUCUCACACAACUAACUACUAACGAGGAACUCUAAAACGAUUCACCACUCACCUCAUUGCUAAGAUGUUGAGCUUAUUCCGUUUAUCCACCCUAGGUUGCCAGUUUUAGCCACUCUAGGGUGUAUAUUUGGAAAUGGGUAUCCAAAGAUCCACCCCGGAUAAAAAACUGUUAACUGCAAAACAAUAGUUUAACAGUUAUCGCGAAAAACAUGGAAUUCAGAAAAACUAAUGUUUCUAAAAAAGUUUAUGUGUAGGAACUAAAAACUAAUUAAAAUCAAACUAAAAAGCUUUGAUCCUAGAUAAUGUAUUUUUUUUCCACAUUUUUGGCAAUAACUCAGAAACUAAUUUUUGUAGUUAACUGUUUUUGAGAUGGGUAUGUGUCAGUAGGCAUAAACAGUUGUAAUGGGUAUGGCCACCAAUAUUAGUUAAAUCAAAAUAAUCUAGGAAAAAUCGUAAACUUUAGUUUGUGGUUUUAGUUUUUAUGUUCCAUUUGCAUAAUAAAGAUCAAAGUGCGAUUUUGUACCGCCCGAAGUUUUAUCAGAAUGCGACGUGACGUCACAACGAGAGAAUGACGUCAUAUUCUAUGCUCGUUAAAUCUUUAUACGACUCAAAACAAAUAACUAGUAUAGUAUAAUAUAGCUAUAGAUUUUUAAAGCAAAAAAUUUGAAACCGUGAGAGUGCUCAUGACGAGAUCUACAGGUUUUUGACUUUGCUCAGACUUAAGUUUCAGUUAAAACGAGACAGACUUAUGCUAGCGAUAUAACGUUGUCUCGUUUUAACAGUGUCUUAAGUUUCAAUUCAGUCUUAAGUUUUCUUUAUUGCGAUUUUGGGUUAGUUUACAGAUCUUAAUAUAUAUUGUUAGUGUUCUGCCAAAUUCUACCUUACGGCAUUCAAUAAUACAGUCAUGUCUUGUUAUUAAAAUAUUAUUUCUACAUAUUUUAAGAAGUACUAAGUAAUUCUAGUCUAAAUGUUUUACAUUUCUUAUACCUUGUCAGUUAUAUAUUCAUUAAUGGAGUAGUAACCUUUUUCUAUUAAAAAUUUCAUUAAUUUUGCUUUAAAGGAAGAAACCUCAUUCGUGGCUAUAAUAUCUUUUGGCAAGUGAUUAUAGAGUAUUGGCCCAGUGAAGAAGAGGAUUUUUGAGAAGAGAGAACUCUUACUAUGUGGGUGGCGUAUUUUCAUGUGUCUUCUAAUGUUAUUGCAAUGUUCGAACAGACUUGAGUUAGAUUUAAUAAAAUUUAUUGUCUCAUAGAUAAUACUUGGCAAUGUCAAUAACUUGUAUUUCUUAAAAUAUGGUUUACAACUAUCUGCGUUGCUUAACUUAAAUAUUGCUCUUAAGCAUUUCUUUUGCGCUUUAAAAGCUGUUUCUUUGUCUGUGGAAUUGCCCCAAAAUAUAAUACCAUACCUCAGGACAGAGGCAACAUAGCCAUGAUAAACUGUUAAUAAUGCAGAAUGUCACUUUGAGUAAAGUCAAAGUCCGCUCUAUAGAUCUCAACCUCAGAUUUAUUGACGUCACAAUGUUUCGCGGAAAAAAAAAUGUUAACAAGCCUCACAUCACAACAACAGUAAGUAUGUGAUCUAAACUCUUAAAAUUUAUUUUAUUUUAGUUAAAAUUCUGUGUUCUUCAUUGGUAUGGCGGCUGGCCCGUUCUUGUAAUACAAGUUUAUGCAAUUUAAAAAAAACUAACUCAUAUAGUUUUUUUUCUUCUUCUGGCUUUACACAGAUUAGCCAAUGUCUGUUCUUAUAGUACAUAUUACAUAUGUAACGUUUUUGAAUAAAUUUUUGUAAUUAGAAGUUAUAACCAACCCAGCGAUACCGCCGCGCACUAAUGUUAAGAUCUAUAGAGAGUACUUUGACUUUGCUCAGACUAAAGACAUGUUUAAAGCCAGACAGUCUUGUUUUAACUGACACUUAAGUCUAAGCAAAGUUAUGAUACAUUCUAUAGAUCUCAGCCUAAAACUAAAACGGUAAAAUUAAGUUAGUAAAAAAAAUUGCCAACAAAAUCUUUCCAUCUAUAGGUGAGCGAUUAAUGUAAGAGAAUCGUUUUAAAGUUCAUACCAAAUUAAAUAAAUUGCAGUAACUGGAAAACAAACAACUAAACGAUGAAAAACAAUAUUUUUGAAUAAAAAAAAACGAAUCACAAUUCGAUAAACAUUUUGCACUUCAUUCCAUGCAGAUAGGAAAAUUAAUAAAAAAGGACAAAAAAUAUGUACCACCUGCCAUAAAGUAAAUAAAUAGUCUAUGGAACUACUUUGAGUAAAAUGUGUUUUUAGAACAAAUGUGCUAUGAAAUUUAGGCUGGAAACGUAAAUAUGACUAGAGACCCUAUUGUUAAUUUAUUAAAUUAAAGUUUAGCUAACUUGACACGAGUGUUGAGGGUAAAUCCGUCACUGCGAGUGCCUAUCCAUUAAAGCAUAGUGGAGCGGCGAUGUGUUAAUCAGACCAAUUGGAUUAUAAUGUUAUACAAUUGACACAUCAUCUUUGAAUAAUCUGGUUGAUUACUUAACACGUCUCCGCUGUAGUGAACAGGCGCCCUUAGUAUGGAUGGUGCUGUCUAUCAACACAAUAAUUAUUGUAAAAUGGCAAAAGGUCUUUGCAAAAAAAUCGCGUGCGCGCUCUCUCGCUGCGCGUGAUUCGAAAAAUGUAUUAAAUUUAUUUCUACUUGAUACUUGCCAUUGAAUUGCAUAUUAUUUGUGAAGUAGAAGUAUUUGUGUUCAUUAAUUCAGGAGUUAUGAGGCUGACGGACGAACAGACAAAUGCUAAUUAAACCGAGUAGACUUUGAGAAUUCUCUUCGCUCGGUAAAUUACACUAGGGGCUCGUGUCGUGUAUAGUUUUAUGUUUCUGCCAUUAUUAAUUUGUUUGUUAAGAAAUGACCAAUGUAAACAAAUAUGACUGUUACUUUAAUUUUAGAAAUAUACUUAAGACCGAGGUAAAACAUUUAUUUGAUCAAAUCAGAACAUUAGAUAGUAACCAUCGAUGUAAGAAAGCUGUCAUCAUCCCAAAAAACUUGUACAAAAACAUAUGUAUGAAAGAGAUUGAUGUACUUCGAUGAUUAGGAUGGAUUUCCACCUAGUGGAAUGGAGCAGAGAUAUGUAUAUUUGACCAAUCAGGUUAUUGUUAGAUGACUUGAUAAUUAAACUAUCACGUCAUCUCUCAAUAAUCUAAUUAGUUGGGAACACGACAUCUCCAUUCCACUCCGCUUCAAUG